UGUUUAUUUGUGGGCGGAGCUUAUGAUGUUACUUGUAAGCGCUGCUUCUUCAAUCUUUUAUGUUGCGGCGUUGAGAUUCUGACCGCUGACUUCACCUGCUGUGGGCUUAAUAUUUUCAAUUCUUUUUACUUGAAUUUUCGCUUAAAGACUGAGAAAGUUUGUUCCACACGCUGAAGCGAUGGCGACACGGUCCUGAACCGAAACACACACCGGACUGCUUUUCUUCUCGAGCUGUGCGGUUUUCAACAGCUCUCGGGCGGCGAUGCAGAAUGUGACCGCGAUGAUUGAGGUGUCGAUUCCCUCCGUGCACCGGGAAGUGGACGAGUCAGGGAAGUCACGCAAAAUCUUCAGGGUAGAGAUUUUGUUCAACGGAAGGAAGCACUUUGUUUUGCGGCGGUAUAGUGAUUUCCAGAUGUUGCACCGGAAGCUCAAGAAGAUCCUGCAGCCACCUGAAUUCCCUAGCAAGAGGACUCAGCUGCGCUCUAAACCACUGAAGCAGAGACGGCAAGAGCUGGAAGACUACAUACAGGUGAUCCUGUACAAGAAUGAAGUGGUUCCUCAGGAGCUGCUAGAUUUCCUGGAGGUGAAACACUUCCACACGGCAAACACACAAAUAUGCAUUUUUCGUGAAGAACAGCAGAGGGACUUACAAGAACUGCGGAAAAGCUAUGAGCUGCUCCAUCAGAGAGUAGUGGGAUAUUCCUGUGACCCUUAUGUCGUUGCUUCAGAGUCAGACCUGCCGGACGUGGUGGUAGCUGGUGUCCUGCAGGGCUUCUUCCCCAGAGACAAUAAGGUGUGCUGUAGGACAUCCUCCAAGUCCAGCAUUAGACAUGUUCGAAGACUUCCUUCUAUCCCCACCAUCAUCAUAGACCAAUGCAGCCUGAGCUCAUUGCCAGAAGCACAGACAACCUGAGACAUGGGAGAGGUUCUGUUUUCCAUAACUGACCAAGCUUCCUGUUUGUGGGACCUUACCUCAGAAGGGAUGGUGCUUUGAUUAUUGGCAGGAAAGGGGAAUGCCAAUAUUGUUUACAUAUUCUGCUAGGUGGAGUAUAUUGGAGUUUUGGUAUCUGUCGCUCACGCACUUUCAGUAUGUACUGUACUUCAUCCUGGUCAGGGACAUGAUAGAGACUAUCCUGGGAACACUGGGCGCAAGGCAGGAAAACAGCCUGCAUAAAACGCCAGCCGGUCCAUCACAGAGCACCAUGUUUAUGCAUACAAUCACAGCGUUAUCUUAGCCAAGCCAACUACCAGUAUGUUUUUGGAAGGUGGGAAUAAACUGCACAUGUACAUGAACACAUGAAGUUCAGGAUCAAACCCAGAACCCUAGAACUGUGGAGCUGCAAAACUGCAAUGCUACCCACUGCACCACUGUGUCAAAAAUCCUAUACACUGAAUUAUGAUUACCAUGUCAUAUGAUGAUGUAAGCUAUCUUCAUGUUCUUUGAGGUUUAUUUUAGUUUUUCUAAAAUUUAAUAAAGUGAAAUGUAAAACCUGAGAUAAAUACUAACUAUAUAAUUUAUUUUACAGAAACGAGUGGAAUAAAAUAGUUUUACAAAUGAA